AUGGGAUGUUUACAAAGCAAGAAGGAAAUAUCUGAUUUACAUCCAAACGUAUUUCGAGUUGUUAAUAUUGACGAGAAUGGCUCUGACUUGUGUACGGGGCAGUUAGAAAUUACAGAGUCAGAUAUAAUACUAUAUAGAGAGGGAAGAGAUUCUACUGUAUGGCCACUUCAUUCUUUGAGACGAUAUGGUUUUGAAGGAGAAAUAUUUAGUUUUGAAUCAGGUAGAAGAUGUGAAACUGGUGAAGGUAUAUAUGCAUUUAGAUGUCGAAGGGCAACAAUACUAUUUCAAACUCUUCAACAACAAAUACAAUUACGGAAUGUUGUUCAUGACACAGUGCCAUACCCGGUUUCUAGGAUGACUCCAUCACCUCAAGGCCGUCAAACAUUACAAGCAAGCGUCGUACAUCGUUCGUCUUUAGACAACGGCCAGCCAGAAAAUAAUAAUCUUUCAAAUAUGAUCACACCGGGAGUACCGCCGAUGUUGCCACAAUCACCCCGCUCGCCAUCUAGUGCAGAUAUACUUGAAGUAAUGCCCUUGUAUCCUCGCUCUCAGGCCAGCAGUAACCACGUCACUAAUGUUUAUCAAGUACGCGAUUUUAAACGUGAACAUAACAAUAACCAAGCAGAACCAACUAUGGAUAUUCGACAUGUGUACACCAAUGAUUUUAAUAGAGAUUUAGCAAUGCUUCGUAACACUUUGCGGCAAGAGACUGUAUUAAAUACUUUAAAGGAUAUUGAGGACGAAACACGUUUUCUGGAAAAUAGAUAUGUAAACGAAAAUACAGCAAGUAUUUCGGCUAACACUCAUCUGUCUCCCACAGUGAGCAACUCGAGCGAACAUUACGCUCAGCUUAGUAUAGAACAACAAGAACAACAACAAGCUUCUAGAUUAUAUGUAAAUAUAGCUACUAAUGACGCUGGCGUAUUUGACGCUAAUAAAAAUGACACAAUUCCAAAUACACCAAUCACACCAAAACAGGUGGAAUAUUACAAUUUCCCAAUCGGCAUGAAACCAGAAGUAAAUUCCUACGCUAAUUUAAUGCUCGGUGACAAAACAGAUAGUGGUAUUAUAAAUAAACAAUUUUUCAACACUUCCGACGCUCAAAAGAGUAACCAAAAGUUUUCCGAAUCCGACACCGUAGUGUCCAUGUCACCGAUAGAAGACAUGGAAGUGAAUUACGCGGUUUUAGAUAUAGAUUCCAAUAAAGAGACGAUCAAAGUGGCACGAGAGUUAGCCUCUCCGGAGAGUCAGUCGUAUAACAGUUCGAAGCAGGAGAGCACGGCGUCGUGUUCGUCGCAGCCGCGCGGGCGCCUGGCGUCGCAGGCGAGCGUCGAGCGCGGGCCGCCGCCGGCCAGCAUCGGCUACACCACCAUCGACUUCGACAAGACCGUGGCGCUCACGUCGGUGGCGGCGGGCGCGGAGGGCAACAUGGACGGCGGCAGGAAGAACAGGCACAACUCCUGCGGCAUCCUCUGCGGCAGCCCCGCAACCGGGGAGAAGACCAGAGGGAACAAC